AUGGUGGCCGACACAAUCGACCAGACGCAAGAUGAUAUCCCCAACGAAUACACACAGCUCCUCCCAAAGCCUCCGGACGAUGAAAUCGCUCGAGAUCCAGCGGCAGUCCGCUCAACCAGCCGUCUUGUGGCCGCAGAGUUUCUGCUCCUGCUAAAGGCCUCCAUCCCGGUCAUUCUGGCCUACACGCUGCAGAACAGUCUGCAGACCAUCUCCGUGCUGAUCGUCGGCCGGCUGUCGCCCGAGCAUCUCGCCGUGGCCGCCUUCUCGUACAUGUUCGCCAUGUGCACGGCAUGGCUCAUCGCCUUGGGAGGCACGACCGCCCUAGACACCCUGGCGUCGUCGACCUUCACCGGCAGCACGAACAAACACGACUUGGGUAUCCUCCUGCAACGCGGGUUCGUCAUUCUGGGUCUUUUCUACGUGCCCGUAGCGCUCCUGUGGGCGUGCGCAGAACCUGUCUUCAUACUCCUGGGCCAAGACCCCGAUUUGUCGAGACAGAGCGCCCGUUUCUUGACCUGUCUGAUCCCUGGUGGCCUGGGUUAUAUCUACUUUGAGGCUAUGAAGAAGUACCUCCAAGCUCAAGACCUGACAAAUUUUUUCUCGACAGAAAUCAUGCGCCCUGGCACCUACGUCCUUCUGCUCACAUCACCGAUCAAUGCCGGUCUCAACUAUCUUUUCUGCUACACUUUCAAGAUUGGAUUGCUUGGAGCCCCCCUGGCGACCAGCGUCUCGUACUGGCUUUCCUUUGCUCUCCUCGUGCUCUACACGCGCUUCGUGGCCGGACACGAGUGCUGGGGCGGCUGGACACGCAAGGCAUUCAGCAACAUGGGCACGUUUGCCCGUCUGGCGAUCAUGGGCGUCAUCCACGUCGGCACGGAGUGGUGGGCGUUUGAAAUCGUCGCCCUCGCCGCCGGGAGGCUGGGCACGAUCCCGCUCGCUGCGCAGAGCGUCAUCAUGACGGCCGACCAGGUCAUGAACACGAUCCCCUUUGGCGUCGGAGUAGCUGCCUCUGCGCGCGUGGGCAAUCUGCUGGGCGCGCGAAACGCCAGGGGAGCAGCGCGGGCUGCCAACACGGCGGCCUGGCUGAGCAUGGUCCUGGGCGGCGUGGUGCUGGCGGUCCUGAUGGGCACGCGCAACCACUUCGCCAAGAUCUUCAACGACGACGAGCGCGUCGUCCGCCUCGUCGCGGAGGUGCUGCCGUACGUCGCGCUCUUCCAGAUCGCGGACGGCCUGAACGGCAGCUGCGGCGGUAGUCUGAGGGGCAUGGGCCGCCAGCACAUCGGGGCUGCGGUCAACAUCGCCAGUUACUACUGCGGCGCGCUGCCGCUGGGGGUGUGGCUGGCGUUCCACGGCUGGGGGCUCAAGGGGCUCUGGGUCGGCCAGUGCAUCGCGCUGUAUCUGGUCGGGAUGCUGGAAUGGGCCAUUGUCGCGCUGAGCGACUGGAAGAAGGAGGUGGAGAAGGCGUUUUUGCGGAUGGACGGGCAUCAGCGUGAUCAGCACGAUCAGCAGUAG